AGCUCUUUCAGAUCUAUUGUCAGUCUCAGUCAGCCGUCAGUCUCGAGCGAAAGUUCUCUGCAUUUAUUGCUUGUCACAGUUGCUUCGAAGAUAAAUUUGGUAACAUGUUUCAUAAAUGUUUUGCGACAGUGAUCGUAAGCGUUCUAGUAGCAUCGACGGGUUUCGUUGAUGGUGCCAACAUUUUACUAGUUUCUUCCUUCCCCGGAAUGAGCCACUGGCUUAUGUUCGAGCAUGUUGUGAAUGAACUGCUCUCUCGCGGUCACGAGAUUACUACUAUCAGCAACUACCGGCUCAAGAGCUCGACCUACAGUGAUCGCUACCGGGAGGUUCUGAUACAGCCGGUAUUUGAUUUCGAAGGUGAUCUUCCGAUGGAAUCGUACUAUCGUACAACAGCGUUCAGUAGUCCGUUUUACAAGCUUCAAAUUCUAUGGUGGCUCGGUUUGGCUACAACGGAACAUGCGUUUAAGUCAAAAAAUGUGCAGCAAUUUUUACGAGAAGAUGGCCUCCAAUAUGAUUUGAUAAUCGCGGAGCAGUUUGUGCAAGAAGCGUUUUUGAUGUUUGGGCACAGAUAUCGAGCACCGGUUGUUACAAUCAACACCUUAGGAUACACGGACUAUAUCGACAGGGCGUUUGGAAUGAUUACCCCGCUGUCAUUCGUGCCGCAUUUUUUCACCCAACUUACAGAUGAAAUGUCAUUUUUUGAGCGAUGUUAUAAUGUGAUUGUGACCGCCUACGAUUGGACCUAUAGAAAGUUUGUUUAUCUGCCAGCACAAACUUCGUUGGCUAGAAAAUAUUUUACCAAAGAAGAUGUAUCUGCCGAAUCGCUACCAACGGUGGAACAACUAGACAUGAAUGUAAGUGUGAUCCUAGCCAACAACAACAUCGUUUCGUUUAGACCGAGACCUAAAAUGAUCGGAAUGGUCGAUAUAGCAGGGUUGCACAUAAAACCACCCAAAGAUUUACCGCAAACUGUUAAGAGCUUUUUGGAAAGUUCUGUGUCAGGAACGAUUUAUAUUAACUUUGGAACCUUUCUGCGAAGCUCGGCGAUGCCUCCCGAAACGCUGAAAGUUUUUCUUCAGGUGUUCCGUAACCUACCUCAGUAUAACUUCCUGUGGAAGUGGGAAAGCGAUCAAAUUCCCGAGUUGCCAUCGAAUGUAUUGGUGCAAAAAUGGUUACCCCAGAACGACGUGCUUGCGCAUUCCCACAUUAAACUGUUUGUUACCCACGGCGGCAUCUUCGGCUCGCAGGAAUCCAUCUACUGGGGUCGGCCAAUGCUGUUCGUUCCAUUUUACGGUGACCAGCAUACGAAUGCGCUUAAAUUCGAAAAAUCCGGCAUCGGACUGACGCUCAACAUCGCCAACAUAACAGUUGACGAGUUUCAGCACAAGAUUCUGCAAAUUGUGGAAAACUCGGACUACCAACGCAAUGCGAACCGUUUGUCCAGCCUGUUUCGGGACAACCCAAUGCACCCUUUGCAACAGGCUGUGUUUUGGAUCGAAUAUGUGAUACGGCAUAACGGAGCGCCACAUUUAAAAUCGGCCGCCAUUCGAAUGCCGUGGUAUCAAUACCUACUGUUAGAUAUAGUGGCAAUUGCUAUUUUCACUCUUUAUGUCGCUUGUUGGGUUACUAGAAAGCUAUUCGUUAUUCUCUGGCGCAGUAAUAAAACCAAGGUCGUGAAAAAAGAUUGAUAGAUAUUGGAGCUAACGAGAUUGACAUACAAUGACAUACAGUCCCUUUGAAAAAUAAGUUUCAGCCAAUGAAUGAAUAAUGGUAUACCAUUUAGUUUACAUAUUUAACUUCUGUUUCAGGAGGAGAGAAAGAAAGUUUAGAUUAUGGUAGUGAAAUUUUAUUAAUCGCUAGUGUAGAAGAAAUUAUAAGAAUUGUAUAAAAUGAAAACUAAACAAACCUCCUGAAGAUCUCUCUUAACCUUCUGAUAACAUAGUAAAAUAUAUUGAAUUUGAUUAGUAUUUGAGAAAUAAAGUGAUAACAAACAUCAACUCUUGAGCUGUGUCUGCAAUGCUCUAUAGAUAAUUUCUCCUGAUUUUACUUGAAUUAUUAUCAGAUAAAAUAAAAAUGAUAACUUAAAUUUCUAAGUAAAACAAUCAACACAUAAAGAAAUAUUAUUGGGGGAAUUGCUCCAUUAUUCAUCUCAGCCCAUGUAGAUGAAUAUCAUACAACAUGAAAACACAAAAUCAAUCAUUCCCGCGAAACUACAUACAUUGCCCGCUUGACUAAACUUAAAAUGUAAGUCAAUAUGACAAAAAAAUGAAAUUAGUUCGUAAAGUAAAAUUAGCACAACGGAGCUCUUCCGUGAUACGCCUUCCAUGGGAGUUGGCCACCAACUGACGUGUCUCAUCGCUUGCGCCGCUGUAGAUAUAAUAAGUCAUUAUACAUAGUGUGUGUAAAGAGACCACUCUCUCAGUUGACAGAAAUAAACUUCCACAGGGCAGUGUGUGCAGUUUCAUCGCGGCGUGCUGAGAUGCGGGAACACAAUAGUAGAGGGUGAUUCGACAUUGGUCUUAGGAAGAGUUACCCUUACCCAGUAGUUUAAUUGGCCAAAACACCUUGCCGGAGAUUGUGGGUUCGAGUCCCGUCUGGACGAGGGAAAAUUUUUUCUAAUUCUAGUCACACCUUCUAUUCCCGUUCAUCUUCGCAUUCCCGCGAAACUACAUACAUUGCCCGCUUUACUAAACUUAAAUCAAUUUGCUAAUCCAUGGAAUGGAUUCUUCUUAGUUCACUUUAGAUUUCUAAUAAAGUAGAAUCCUCAAAAACUCAUUUAAAAGCUCUAAAUUUGAUAUAAUAGUCAGACAUCUGCACUCGAAAACUCAUUUAUCUCAAUCACCUACCUCAGAAAACAAAAUCCGCGCAUUGUUCUGUACGGCUUCAACGGGACUCGUUCAGCAGCCAACCAAAGUUUUUCUCAUCACUAGUGGACCAUUUUUUAUUUAAAUCACUAAACAAAAUCACUCACUACACUAAGAAUACUAUAAUCUUUGAAAUGUUCACUUCAAAUUUCCAAAAACCAGCUUGAAUUAGCAGAAACAUAUAAGAUGAAUUUUUACAAUUCCAAAAUUACAACUGUAUGUAUUUUCAUCUGUUUUCACUGCCUUGAAGGAAAUCAAAAGUUGCCAAAUCGGUUUCUGUUAAUACGAACAAAUCAUACUGAAAAUGUUGAAUUAUUCCGACAUAAUUGACAUAAAUCGAUAGCAAUGCAGUGGUUACCUAGGUUACCAAUUUUGCACGUAAACAACUACAGUGAAUAUCUAGGUAACCUACUGCGACGAGCUGCGGCUAAGUUUAUUCACGAUAAUGUGAUUUAUUCAUUAUUACCAGUGUGAUGAAUAUGGGGGCGUCGUGAGAUGAAUAUUCGAGCAGUGAUUCAAGUUUUGAGAUGGAUGUGGAAGUGUUGUGAAAAAUGGUUUGUUUUAAAAAAUCAGGAUAAAUCUAGCUAAUUUCACUAAAUAUACAAUGCUGAAUGAUUUCAUAAAAGCACGUAAGCAUGUUUAGUUUGUUUGUUCAAUUAAUUCGUGAAAAUUGAGUGUUUAAUCCAUGCAUUCUUUGUGAAUAACGGCUUAAUAUGAUAAAUAAUGGAGCAAUUUCCUUAUGUAAUUUACUAUGUUUAUAACCAGGUUACUUUGUUUUCAACAAACCAUGUAGAAAUGAGCUAAUACGCAGCCUACCCAAAUUUUCCAAAGUACAACCGAUUAGGCGAUACUGAAGGUGGGAGACACGAGAAAACCUGUUCAAGUUGAACACAUAACGCACACAUGAAUGUAACGGAACUUUUAGCUUAUUAAAAACAGUGACGGGUGCAUCAUCAAGCAAAAAAUCGCAUGCCGAAAAAUGGGGGAAGAUUAAACUCUCAAAAAGUUUUAAUUUUGUGCUAGUUGCGAGAAACGACGAUGUUGUAUAAAGCGAGCGUAAACAUGUAUAAAUUUUAACCCAUUGUGAGAGCACCUAUUAAUCCCAACCAAAAUUAGAUUGGAUGCGAAUACCCAAACUAACAGCAUCAUCAACAAAUGAGACAAUUUCACUGCCUAGAAACAACGCCGGUUUCAAGGUAUUAUGUUUAGAGUCAUUGGAAAUAAAAACUGCGUUUGUUUUCGUACAAUUCAAUGUGAGCUUAUUUCUUGCGGACCAAUCUAAAACUCGUUUUAAAUCAGCAUUAAUUUUGUGAGAUAUUUCUGCAGCCGACUUAUUAGUACAUUCAUAAUAUAACUGGACAUCAUCCGCAAAAAGAAAAAUCUUGCAGUUUUUGAUGACUUCAGGAAGGUCAUUUAUGUAUAAAGAAAACAAAAUUGGACCAAGAAUAGAACCUUGUGGGACUCCAGAUGAUACCGGCAGAAACUGAGAAAGUAUUCCAUUAUUGGGGACAAAGUGAGAUCGCCCACUCAGAUAUGAAUUUAUCAGAUUUGAUGCAUGUAAUAAAAGUCCGAAGUUUGAUCUCAGUUUUUGACAUAAAAUUGUAUAUGUAUAUGUGUCGAAAGCCUUUGAAAAGUCUGAUAAAAUUAGAACAACGGGACGACCACUAUCAAGUACAAGACCAAUAUCAUCAGUGAUAUUUAGCAUCGCAGUUUUUGAGCUGUGUUUAGUUCGGUAGCCGGACUGCAACUGGUUUAACAGGUUCUUUCUGGUUAUGCAACCACAAAGAUCCAUUUUGAUCAUUUUUUCGAAAAUCUUAGACAAAGCGCAAAGGAUGCUUAUGGAUCGCAGAUUAUCUAUCGUGUUAGAGUUAGAUUUUUUCUUAUUAUGUAUAAUUUUAGAUUUUUCCAAGCAUCAGGAAAAACUUGUUGUGAUUAUAGAAUCGAGAAGAUGUGUUAUAGGCUCAAU